AUGCAGCCCCAGCGACGCCGGCGUGAGUCCCUCACGCCCCAGCAGCUGCGUGAGUGGUACGCUGGUUGGGGCUGUAGGGGUGGCGACGCUACUCCUACUACCACUCCUGCUGCUUCUACUCGUGGUGGCGGCCAGAUGCAGCUCCCGCGACCCUCUCGCGUGUCUCUCACGCCUCGCCAGCUUCGUGAGUGGUACGCUCAGAGUGGAGGGUCUCUCAGUGCUGUUCGCUGCUCUUACGUGAUUCGCACUGGUACUCGGACUGGUCAGCCUUGUGGGACACGUAGUCAUACACCGUCCCGCUGCUUCGCCCGUCUGAGCGACGCCUGGCGUACCGUGUUUGGCGACGAGGCUGAGCUUCCCGACUGGGUGGAGUUGCUUAGGCAGAGGGUAGAUAUAUAUGCUCUUGACUAUGAUGCUAUUCUCACUGCCAUGUAUGCAUUGCCUACUAGUGCUGACCGUGCCGGUCACCUGUGCGUCCCGCCUGACCCAGGUAUAGGACCUGCUGCUCUAGCUACUGGUGAGGCUGCUGCUCUGGGUGCUAGUGAGUCUCCUACUCCAGGUACAGGUGCGGCUGCUGCUCUAGGUGCUAGUGAGUCUGCUUCCUCAGGUGCGGGUGAGGCUGCGCUCUCAGGUACCGCGUUGGCUUCGGCCUCCCUCACCUUUACACUUGACUCUGGGGCUUCUCGCUCCUUCUUUCGGGACCGCACCACACUCACGCCGCUUGGUCGGCCGGUUGCAGUCUCCCUGGCUGACCCCUCUGGGGGUCCUGUCCUCGCUCACUUCUCCACUGUCCUCCCGUGUCCGGCUGCCCCCUCGGGCACCCUGUCUGGCCUGUACCUCCCCUCGUUCUCGACGAACUUGGUGAGUGGUGCAGACCUACAGGAUGCGGGGGUUCACCAGUUCACUCCUGCGAGUCAGCGGGUGACCCACUGCACGGACGCACGCACAGGCCGGCACCUGGCCACGUUCUCGCGUCGGCCGGGGUCGAGCCUCUACACCCUGACCACUGAGUCUCCUCCUGUCCCCGCGUCCGGUCAGGUAGCAGCGUCGGGUCAGGUGUUUGCUGCUGCGUCCAGGUCUGGUCCUGAGUCUGCCCCCUGUACUUGUCGCCUCCUGUCUCACGAGACUCUCCUGUGGCACCACCGUCUUGGCCACCCCUCCUUGCCCCGUCUUCGGAGCAUGGCUUCCCGUGUCCUUGUCUCUGGUCUUCCCCAGUCUCUCCCUCCUCUCCCCUCCGGGCCAGGACCUUCCUGUGUCCCCUGUGUCGAGGGUCGCCUCCGGGCUACUCCUCACUCCUCCCACUUCCCCCCGACAGAGGCUCCCCUGCAGACGCUUCACAUGGAUGUGUGGGGCCCAGCCCCCGUCCGUGGGCAGGAUUACGAGCGCUACUUCCUGUUGGUGGUUGACGACUACUCGCGUUACACCACAGUCCUCCCCUUGCGCAGCAAGGGUGAGGUCACUGAGUCCUUCACGCUUCCGGACUCACCACAGCAAAAUGGGAUUGCUGAGCGUCGCAUUGGCAUGGUCAUGGAUGUCGCUCGUACGUCCAUGAUGCAUGCGGCUGCCCCCCAUUUUCUAUGGCCGUUUGCGGUGAGGUACGCGACGCAUCAGCUCAACCUUCACCCCCGGGUCUCUCGGCCUGCGAUGUCCCCAGCCUUGCUGUGGACAGGGAAGGUUGGCGAUGCGUCUGUGUUCCGUGUCUGGGGAUCUCGGGCGUUUGUCCGCGACUUGUCUGCGGACAAGCUGUCCCCUCGUGCUGCUCCCUGUGUCUUCCUUGGCUUCCCCACUGACGCCCCAGGGUGGCAGUUUUACCACCCCUCCUCUCGUCGUGUUCUGUCCUCCCAGGACGUCACGUUCGACGAGUCAGUCCCCUUCUACCGUCUCUUCCCCUACCGCACUCCUUCCCUCCCCCCUCCCCCGGACUUCCUUGUACCGGUUCCCCCCCCGGUAGACCCCCUCCCCCCUCAGGUUCCUGCCCCCUCAGGUGUGUCCCAGGUAGACGCCGUUGACUCGGUCGAGGUUACUGGUGACUCUGGUGCUGCUGCGGGUGCUGAGCCUGGGGGUGCUGACUCUGGGGGUGCUGUGCGCGGGGGUGCUGAGCCUGGGGGUGCUACUGCUGGGGGUACUGGGCCUGCGAGUGCUACUGCGGAGGGUGCGGAGCCUGGGGGUGCUGAGCCAGGGGGUGCUGUGCCUGGAGGUGAUGGGUCUGGGGGUGCUGGGUCGGGAGCUGCUGAGCCUGGGGGUGCUGCGUCUGGAGCUGCUGAGCCUGGGGUUUCUCCUGCUGCUGCGUCUCGCCGGGAGCCCCUCUCUCUACAGGAGCUGCGCGAGUGGUUCGCUCGCCGCUGGAGGCGUGCUGCUGAGUCUGGAGGUGCUGCUGGAGCUGGAGCUGGAGCUUCUUCGACCGUCGAGGGUGCGGGUGCUGCCGGUCCCGGAGCUACUGGACCUGCGGGUCCUCCUGGAGCUGGAGCUGCUGAGGGCGUUGGUGCUGAGCCUACUGCUGUUGGUCCUGCCGCUGGAGGUGUGGGUGGCGCUGGUGCUGUAGCUGAGGGUGCUGGUGCUGUCCCUGCUGCGUCUGGAGCUGCUGAGCCUGGGGUUUCUCCUGCUGCUGCGUCUCGCCAGGAGCCCCUCUCUCCACAGGAGCUGCGCGAGUGGUACGCUCGCCGCUGGAGGCGUGCUGCUGAGUCUGGAGGUGCAGCUGGAGCUGGAGCUGGAGCUUCUUCGACCGUCGAGGGUGCGGGUGCUGCCGGUCCCGGAGCUGCUGGACCUGCGGGUCCUCCUGGAGCUGGAGGUGCUGAGGGCGUUGGUGCUGAGCCUACUGCUGUUGGUCCUGCCGCUGGAGGUGUGGGUGGCGCUGGUGCUGUCGCUGAGGGUGCUGGUGCUGUCCUUGCUGAGUCUGGAGCUGCCGCGCGGCCUCGGCCGUACUUCGUUCCGCUCCUACAGCAGGUUCUUGGUCUUUCUCCUUCGGUAGAGUGUCCACAGCCUGUCCAGUCGCAGUCACUGUUGGAGCCUUCCUCUCCUCUGCCUGCUCCCUCUCCUUACACUGGUCCUACUGGAGGUCUUGCUGAGCGUCGUGAGCCUGCGUCUCGUCCCGCGUCGCCUGUUCGUGCUGCUCGCGCUAGUGGUCGCGGUUCGCGUCAGCGUCCUCCUCCUGUCCCUGGCACGCACCGGAUGUCUCUGCGUCCGUCCACUGCUCCUCUGCGUGCCCCUUUGCCUUCUCCUCCUGAGUCCUCUCUUCCUGCGCUUGCCGACCCUGAGUCGGACUCUCUUCGCACUGCCAGUCCUACUGUCACGCGUCUGCUUGCUACUGUCGUCACUGACCCCUCUUUUGAGUCCACUGCUGCGUCUGCUCUAGUCGCUGAGCUCGUUGACUUUGCUGCUCGCUGUCGUCUCGACUACGCUGCUGGUCUUGUUGCUGAGUCAGCGUCUGUCUGUCCUCCGUCCGUCGGGGGUGAGUGUGCUCUUGGCACGGACGUCCUAGAGGACAGACAGGAGGAGUUACAGUGUCUAGCGGCUGCUUCACCUCAUCUCGCGUCUGUACUGCUUGCCCCUGAGGGAGACCCGGAUGCACUAGACAUCCCGACUCCGCGUUCUUACGCGGAGGCCGUAGAGGGUCCCUACUCCUCUCAGUGGCAGGCAGCUAUGGAUGCAGAGAUGGCUUCCUGGAAGUCCACAGGCACCUACGUUGACGCAGUUCCCCCUCCUGGGGCGAACAUCGUCAGUGGCAUGUGGAUCUUCCGGGUGAAGCGGCCGCCGGGCUCUCCACCUGUCUUCAAGGCGCGGUACGUUGCUCGUGGCUUCAGUCAGCGGCAGGGAGUUGACUACUUUCAGACCUUCUCUCCCACCCCGAAGAUGACCACUCUUCGGGUGCUGCUGCACAUAGCCGCUCAGCGCGACUACGAGCUUCACUCUCUCGACUUCAGCACUGCGUUCCUGCAGGGUAGCCUGCACGAGGAGAUCUGGCUGCGCCGUCCACCUGGCUUCACUGGGACUUUCCCUCCUAGCACCCAGUGGAGCCUCCGACGGCCAGUCUACGGUCUCCGCCAGGCACCGCGUGAGUGGCACGACACACUGAGGACUACGCUUGCGGCUCUUGGGUUUGCUCCUUCUACUGCUGACCCGUCGCUGUUUCUGCGCACCGACACUUCACUGCCGCCGUUCUACAUCCUCGUGUACGUCAACGACUUGGUCUUUGCCACAGCGGACACUGCUGGACUCGCCUACGUGAAGUCCGAACUGCUGAAGAGACACACGUGCACAGACCUGGGUGAACUGCGCAGCUACCUUGGCUUGGAGAUCACCCGGGACAGAGCACGCCGCACCAUUACCUUGACUCAGUCACACAUGGUGCAGCAGGUCCUUCAGCGCUUCGGCUUCACGUACUCCUUGCCUCAGGCCACUCCUCUGCCUACUCGCCACUCACUCUCAGCUCUGCCUUCGGAUGAGUCCGUAGAGUCGAGUGCUCCGUAUGCAGAGCUUGUUGGCUGCCUCAUGUACCUGAUGACCUGCACACGACCUGACCUUGCAUAUCCUCUGAGCAUUCUUGCACGCUAUGUUGCUCCUGGGAGACACAGACCAGAGCACAUGGCUGCAGCGAAGAGGGUAUUGCGCUACCUGUGCAGUACGUCGGGCAUGGGGCUUGUGCUUGGAGGGCGGAGUCCAGUGGUCCUUACCGGCCACGCGGACGCUUCUUGGGCUGACGACCAGGCUACGCAGCGGUCGUCACAAGGUUACACCUUCAGCCUUGGUUCCGGCUCUGUCUCGUGGCGGUCUACUCGCUCGUCUUCGGUUCUCGGCUCCAGUUGUGAGGCUGAGAUCUACGCCGGGGCCAUGGCUGCACAGGAGCUUCGCUGGCUCACCUACCUGCUGACUGACCUUGGAGAGCCGCCUCGUUCUCCUCCAGUGCUGUACGUAGACAACAAGGCCAUGCUGGCCUUGUGUCGAGAGCAGUGCUUGGAGCACAGAACGAAGCACAUUGCUCUCCGCUACUUCCUUGCUCGUGAGCUGCAGCAGCGUGGUCAGUUGCGACUUGCGUACGUGGCCUCUGAGGCCAACACUGCUGAUGUGUUCACCAAGGCACUCGCGCCUUGUGAUCAUCAGCGCUUUUGCACCCAGCUGGGUCUUGUGUCUGUCUUGCCUCACUUGCUCUCCUCUUGA